AGUUUAUCUGCGCUUCCUAAUGAAAUACUACUAAAAAUAUUUAAAUACUUAAAUGUGGUAACAUUAUGCCGCAUGAAUGAAGUAAAUAAUUGGCGCUUUGAUAUUUUAACACGGGAUCCUCUACUCUAUACACGUUUGAAUAUGCGUUAUAUUAGCUCUGACAAAUAUAUGUGUGAUAUAUUUUGUUAUUUUACACUUAGAUGUAAAUAUUUGCAACAAUUAGAUCUUACAGGAUGCAAUUUUGAUGUUAAUGAUUUCGUAAACUUUCUUGAUAAUUGCGGCAGGCGUUUAACGCAUUUAAGAUUAAGUGACUGCAACGAUGGAGAAUGUUUAAAUCCUGUCCUACUUAAAACUUCAGAGACAUGCAAAAAUUUGAAAGAAUUGGUUCUAAGUGAUUCUGGCAUAGAUGACGAAGGAUUUUCGUAUCUCGAGGGGCUAAAUAAUUUGGAACACUUAAACCUUUAUUAUACUGGUAUAACAACCGAACGUCUUUGCAAAAUACUGCAAAAUAAUCAACGAAUUCGUCAGUUAUCGGCAAGCUUUAAAGACGCACGUCGUCUUACAUCUGAGGGUAUUAAUGCUCUCGCUAACUGUAAGAAUUUACAAAAAGUGGAAUUUGAUCUAUACGGAUACCCAGCUGAUAAUGAGAGCUUAUUUAGAUUACUUUCCUCUUAUCAAAACUUGCAAGAAGUUCUUUUGUUCGGUGGUGUCCUCACUGAUCACCAGUUGGAAUUACUAGCGCAGUGCAAAAACUUAAAAAAGUUACAACUUUUUAACGUGGAACUUGAUAUACCUGAUAAUUGUUCCGUUAUUUUGAAACAAUGUCCUAAACUGCAGGAGAUUUCUUUCAUUUUCUGUAAUAUAAAUCAAUUGCUUGACGAUGCACGAGAGGCAAGCACAGUUAUGCUCGUUCUUCGUGUAACGGUGCCUGAUGGAGCCAUCAUAUUGCUUAAGGGUUGCGGCGAGUACGUCGAACUGUCCACACGCGUGGAACACGAUGAUGUACAGGAAGUAGUCCAUGGUGGCAAAUGCUGUGGCGCUAAAGAACAUUGUAAACGACUGCACGACGUAGAGUAUCUCGUACACGGGCGCGGAAGGGAUAGAUCCCUUCCUGAGGCAGGGUUCUAA